ACUACAUGUCUGUAAGUUCGCUUACUUGCCGAUAAACUUUCUUCGUGUCGUAUUUUUUCUUAUUUCAAUUACUGCAGUUGAUUCAAGAGCAUCGUAACAUUGAUAUUAAAAAAUGGCAUCGAAGUUAUUAAGCAACAAAGGAUUCACGUCCAUUCUGGCUUCACGAUCAAGCUCGUGGUGGUCGGGAGUUCAAAUGGGUCCACCAGAUGCGAUCCUUGGUGUGACCGAAGCAUUUAAAAAAGACACAAAUCCAAAGAAAAUCAAUCUUGGAGUUGGCGCUUAUCGUGAUGACAAUGGAAAGCCUUACGUCUUACCAAGUGUACAAAAAGCUGAAGAAAUUAUGGCAAAGAAAGCAUUAGACAAAGAAUAUGCUCCAAUUUCUGGUCCCAGUGAUUUCUGCAAACUCAGCAUUCAACUCGCACUUGGCGAUGAUUGCGAGGAAUUAAAAGCUGGUGCAAAUGCUACAGUUCAAGGCAUCUCAGGCACUGGUUCAUUACGCGUUGGUUGUGCUUUCCUUGCCAGCUUCUUCCCUGGACCUAAAGAUCUUUAUUUACCUUCACCAUCAUGGGGCAAUCACACUCCAAUUGGUAAACAUGCUGGUCUCAAUGUUAAGUCAUACAAAUAUUACGAUCCAAAGACAUGUGGAUUGGACUUCCAAGGAGCUCUCGAUGAUAUUGCGAAAAUUCCUGAGCGAUCAGUGAUUCUUCUUCAUGCUUGCGCACACAACCCAACCGGAGUCGAUCCAACACCCGAACAAUGGCAGGAACUUUCCGCUCUUAUCAAGAAGAAGAAUCUCUUUCCAUUCUUCGAUAUGGCUUAUCAAGGCUUUGCAAGUGGCUCUGUUGAUCGUGAUGCGUUCGCUGUUCGUCAGUUUAUUAAAGAUGGUCAUCAGAUUGCGUUGGCACAGAGUUAUGCAAAGAAUAUGGGAUUGUAUGGUGAACGUGCUGGUGCUUUCUCGCUUAUCACAAGCAGCAAGGAAGAAGCUGAUCGUACACUCUCCCAGUUGAAGAUUCUCAUUCGUCCAAUGUAUUCAAAUCCACCGAUUCAUGGAGCUCGUGUUGUGACAACAAUCUUAAGCACGCCUGAAUUGAGAGCUGAAUGGUUGCGUGACGUUAAACAGAUGGCUGAUCGUAUCAUUUCAGUGCGAUCAUCGUUGAGGAAUAAUUUGGAAAAACUUGGAUCGAAGAAGAAUUGGCAACACAUCACUGACCAAAUUGGAAUGUUCUGCUUUACUGGAAUGAAUGCAGAACAAAGUACAAGAUUGUCAACAGAUUUCAGCAUUUAUUUAACAAAAGAUGGACGCAUUUCAAUGGCUGGUGUCACUUCGAAGAAUGUUGAAUAUUUGGCUCAUGGCAUCCAUGAAGUCACAAAGUAAAGUUAAUUUAUAAUUCAACUCGUCUUGAUGUCACAUCGAAAAACAUUUCACGAGCAUUUCAUAUUCAAAGUUAGCGGAAAAAAUGAAGAUUUUAUUUAUUAUUUUUGAUAUCAAAUGCUGUAAUUAAUUCGUUUUAUGUUCACGCAACAUUAUGCUUUAAAGUGAGAAAGAAAAUAUUUACAACCACUGAACUAUUCGAUAAUCUAAUAUAAACAUAUAAAACGAAUUAAAAGUCAGAAGUUAAAAAAAAAUAAAGUUGAAACAUUUUAAAAUUUAAUUUUUUUUCUUUAUUUAAACUUUUUUGUAAAUUUUUCGUGACUCAAAUGAGUUAAAUUGAAUUUUUUUUG